AUGGCGGAACCUCUUACAACCUUCGCCGCGGCGGGCAACGCCCUUCAAUUCGUCCAGCUGGGAAUCGACCUUAUCCGCAAAACGAUCGAAUACUCGCACGGCGGUGGCAACAUCAAACUUGCAUUGAAAACCUACAUUGACAAACCUAAAAUCGACUCCCUGUCACAAAAGCUGGAUCAUGCCAGGGCAAACUUAAUGCUCUCCCUCAUGGUUUAUCUCCACGACCAGUCAGCUGUCGAUCGCAAGAAUAUGAGCGAGGGAAUGCUUGCCAUUGCACAACACGCUCUCAAGACCACAGCAGAGUCUGGGGGCCGAGCCCACGAUGGCACAUAUAAAUGGAUAUUCAGACGUAAAGAGGAUGAUGUGGGUGUGUGGGAUGAUUUCAUCGAGUGGCUUCAUGCCAGCAGACACCCUAUAUACUGGGUAUCUGGGAAACCGGGUUCGGCCAAGAGCACGUUGAUCCGCGAACUAGACGAACGCGCCGAUAAGCUACGAUCUCUGGACCAAACAGCGGACGACGCUGAAUUUCUCAGGGCUUCAUUCUGCUUUUGGUAUGCUGGCACCAGCGACGAAAAAUCGUUAUCCGGCUUUCUUCGUGUAUACCAACUGCUCUCGCCACGGCUUGACCUUGUUGACCAGGUGAUGUCAACCAGCAGGUGGGAGGCGAACUUGGACGAACGUCCCCGUGUACUUGUGUGGGAAGAAGUGGAAGUGAUUGAAGUCCUGUCUAGGGUCGUAAAACAUCUCGAAACUAGCAAACGGGUUUUGCUGUUUAUCGAUGGUCUUGAUGAACAUGAUGGUUCAGAUGACCAAUGCCAGGAGGUUCUGGAGCUGUUGCACACCCUCACCAAAGUCGAGAACGUCAGGGCCUGUGUGGCAAGCCGACCCUACAACAUCUUUCGUGAUGAGUUCCAUGAUUGUCCCCAACUCCGGCUUGACGAUCUUACGAAAGACAACAUACGCCUCUAUGCCCAGAGCAACUGGGCGAGAAUCCACACUUUCGGCGCCAACAAAAAAAGAACCGCAGCUGCUUCAAAAAAUAACCGGAGAGAUUACGAGGCGGGCAAGAGGGGUAUUUCUAUGGGUGCGCUUAGUCGUCCGUGUCUUUUUUUGAGAGUUCUGAGGGACGGGGGUCGCACAAUGCACUUUUCAGGGAACUUUAAAGCAUUCCACUCGAUCUGGAUGAGUAUUUCAGACGCAUUUUCGAGUCGAUUGAAAGACCAUACAGAAAAGAAGCGUCCAUCAUCCUCCAAACAGCCUUGUACUCUAUAG